AUCGCUUUUCCAAUGAUAACUCGGUCUGAUGCCAGAUGAUGAAACGACAUCCUCAUAAUCUUCAAAUUCUUCAGAUGCCUUUUUCAACGGAAAGAAAAAUAUUUCCGUCGAUUUUUGGGCCGAUUAUCGAAAGUGGCAAGUUAUCGAGAGCAGGUCGCAAAUGAGACGAACGAGAGAAGGGAGCAUGUAAACAAAACGGCUCUCCAUUCCGUUGGAGGUUACAUCCAGCGUCUGCCAUGCUGGUUUGAAAUGCGACGAAAGUGAUGAUUUAAUUCAUGGACGGAACGAGUUGAAUUUAAAAAGAAAAAGUGUUUUUGUUUUUAAUUUUUAAAAUGAGUGAAAAGGUAUCUUUCAGCCUACCCUGCCUCGAGGCUCUCGUAGCGACGGAAAAUUCCUGUGUCUACUGCAAAAGAUCAUGCAAGAGGAGCUUGGUGCUACUUCCCAUACACCUGUCCAAUUUUAAGGUGUCCAUCAAGGAGAUGCUGAAAUCGACGGUUACCACCUACGAUUUAGAGUUAGAUGGGAUUAUUCUCAGUCACAAAAACAUCAAAUUGAUUAGUUGUGUACAUUUUAACGAUGAAGGGAAAUUUAAAAUAGACUAUCAAGCUGAUAUUUACAUUUUUAAGCCUUCAGUCGGCAGUAUACUCACAGGGCAAGUGAAUAAGAAAUCUAGAGACAUAAUAGGAUGUUUAGUACAUUCUGUAUUUAACGUCGCUAUUCCGCAAAAAGAUGGGAAAAAAUGGCUUGGGCAUAAUGUUCGUCUUGGACAGACAGUUACCUUUAAUGUAGUCAAAUUGGAUUUUACUUCUAGUCUGCCGUAUAUCAAGGGAGAGCUAAUUUCCGUAGAAAGCGCUGAAAGAGACGAAGGUGUAGAUAGUGGAGUUCAAGAAAUAGACUAUGAAAUUUGCCCAAAAGUUAAGAAAAUUGGUCAAGGUGAAGAUUCUAAAAAAUUAGCUUUGCCCGCAAGGUGUAGUCAAAAGCAUAAAUUGUCCGAUAGUGACGAAGAUGUUUUUGUAAACAAAAAAAUUAAAAAAGUUUGUACAAUGGCAGAUAAAUUCCCACCGGAUCUAGCGUAUCAAGAUGAAAAUGUCACAAAAAGAAGAAAGAAACAUACACUCAAGCCUACGUUGGAAAAUCAAGAAUCCGAUGUUGUUUUACCUCUAACCGUACAGAAUAAUUUUAAUGAAGACAAAUUAGACUCUUUAUCUACGCACAGUCCCAGAAAGAAAAAAAAGAAACACGAAAAAGAAGAAACGUCUGUGACAGAGUUUCAAAAUGUUGAGGGGCUUGAAACUUCAAUUAUUGAAAAAACCCCAAAAAAGAAAAAGAAACAUAGUCAUUUAGUGCAAACAAAACUUGAUUACAUUAUCAAAACCAAAGAAUUUCAUAACACAAGUAAGGACAGGGAUGAUAAAGAUAAAACAGAAAUGGAGGAAUCUUUUGCUAAAGAUAUAAAAAAUUUCGAAGACUUAAACAAUAAAUUCGCUACUAACAAUGAACUUUCAGCAGCUGAAUUAGGUGAAGAUACAAAAAGUAAAAAGAAAAAGAAACACAAAAAACAUGAGUUAUCUGCAAUUGAUUUGCAAACUUCAUUUGAUAAUAAAAACGAACUGACUGAAACUGGACUUAAUGUUUCUAUUAAGAAGAAGAAAAAUAAAAGAGUUAGUGAAAAUGAAAUAUAUAAUGCAGCUGUUAGUGAAUCAACUCAGCCAAUAAAUGAAAUGGGUGAUAAAUUAAUAGAAGAUACUACUCCAUUUGUUGAAGGUGUCAAUGUAGGAAAUAAAAAAAAGAAACAUAAAAAGUCUAGGGACAAUUUAUCAAACAUUGAAACAGCCACCUCUUUAGAAGAUAUAAAGAACAAACUUCUAGAAGAAGUUAAAGCUACAGUCAGUGAACAAGAAAAUAAUGCCGGCGAUAAAGAGAAAAAGAAGAAAAAGAAAAAAAAGAGUGAACCAGAAAUGAAUGUUUCGGGAGCUGUGGAAACCAGUCUUCUAGAAGGUAAAGCCACAGUCAAUGAACAAGAAAACAAUGCCGGUGAUAAAGAGAAAAAGAAGAAAAAGAAAAAAAAGAGUGAACUAGAAAUGAAUGUUUCGGGAGUUGUGGAAACCAGGCUUCUAGAAGAAGGGAGUGAGCAAGAAAAUAAUGAAAAGAAAAAGAAUAAAGAAAUAGGGAUGACUGAAACGAGCCUUUCUGUAGAAGAAGUGAAAAAAAAACUUCUUUGGGAAGCAAAAGCCACUAUUAGCGAACAAGAAAAUAAUGCUGGUGAGAAGAAGAAAAAAAAGAAAAAACAAACAGAAAUGGAUGACAAUGUACAAGUAAAAAAUUUGUUUCCAGGAGAAGCUCCAGUUGAUAAACAAGAAAAUGCUCAGAAGAAGAAAAAAAUAAAAAAAUCAAUGGAAGAAACCAAAAUUUCUUUAGAAGAAGUAAAAAAUAGGCUGCUAGGGGAAGCAGCAGCUACGGUUAACAAAGAAAAUAACGCUGGACAGGCAGAGGACAUUGAUCUGCAAGUAGUUAAAAAUAAGCUCCUAGCAGAAGCUAAAGCUUCAGUUAGUGAACAGGAUACCGAUGUAGAAAAGACAAAGAAACGCAAAAAAAAUGUUUCGAUGAAAACUGAAAAAGCCGAUCCUUCAGAAAUAAAGGAUAAACUCCUUGCAGAAGUUGAGGCUUCAGUUAAUGAACACAGUAUGAAGAAAAAGCUCAAUCAAGGCAAUACUGUUUCAGAUCAUUCAGAAGCUGAAAAAGAAUUUGUUUCAGAAUCAGUUGUUUCAACGAUGGAAAAACGAAAAGAAAAACAUAAAAAACAAAAGGGCAAUGUAUUAAAUGACAAAGGUCAAAAUUGUUUAGAUGACAUAAGGUCUCAACUCAUAGCUGAGGCCAAAGCUUCCUUCAAAGAACAAUUGGUUAGCCUUGAUCAGAGAAAACAGGAAGUCCAAGCAAACGCAGAUGGAGAAAAUGACCAGUUGGCUCAAGAAAAUGUACAUAAAAAAAAGAAAAAACACAAAGACAAAAAUAGUGAGAUACAAUUACAACCCCUUGAUGAGGUAAGAAGUAAAUUACUCGCUCAAGCGCAAGCUUCUUUGGGUGAAGAAGCGCUAACUGAGAAAAAACAUAAAAAGAAAAAACAAAAAGUCCAUAGUCAACACACUGAUUAAAAAAGUAAUUUUUAUAAUCAAACUGUUUUCAAUUUUAUUAAAUUUUAAGUUGUUUUUUUCAUCAUCUACAAAGUCCUUUUGCAGAUUACAGCUGAAAUUAAAAACGAUACAAUAAGACUCGUUAACGAUAAAAA